UAUUACUGGAGAAACUAUUUUGCAAGAGCCCCGAAUAUCAUAAUUAAAAUGAAUACAUUUGAAAACACAUUUUUUCGUGGUCCAUCACCGUCCUACUCCGAUGAUGCAAACUCUGAAAAUGCUUUGUCGCUGACUCUGCCCAUUGGACAAGCAGUUGAGGAUAAUGAUUUUUUCCAUGAUGAUCCCAAGACGGACCCCGUGGACUACUUUGACGAAAAGUUCGACAGCGAUAGCUGCUCGCGCUUGCACCCUGGCCAGCAUGGGCGCAACUCCUUCGCUUUCUGGACCAUUGUGAUUAUACUUCUGGCCCUGACUGUGGGCAAUCUGCUUCUUACGCUGACAAUUGUGGGUGUCCUGCGCUUGGGCAAGGGUGUACAAGGUAUGGAGCUGAUUCCCGAGGUGGAUGUCGUCAAGUUCUAUGGCUCAACCGAUGUGGAGCGCCUUCAUACCAACUCAAUUGGUAGGCUGCAUGGCUUCACCGAUGUGCCAGUGACCAUCAGUAGUGAUAUGAGCAACAACAACAAGACCGAUGCGGGCGUACAUGUGCGCGUUUUCCGCAAUGGAAAUGGUGCAGCCAGUGAGCGCGACCGCAUCGUCGUUGACAAGGAUUCCAUUCUCAUAGAUGCUACAAAUGUGUUUGAUGUAAAAGAUCCCGUCGAUCGGCAAUCCAUUUUUACCACUCAUCGUCCCCAGUACAACAUCCCGGAUGGUGUGGAUGCUCUGCAGGCGAAGGUGGUGAGUGCGAGCGGCAUCUCCAGUCCCAUUGACGUGCCCUUGAAUUUGGAGAGCGAUGGCCGCAUUGUCAUCAAGGGAUCCGAGGGUGUGUUCUUCGAUGCCGAAAGUAUCGAUUUUCAAGCCGAGCAUCACGUCUCCAUUAACUCCACCCAAGGCGCUACUGUGCUAGAGGCUGGCACUGGUGUAUUCCUGGACAUGGAUCGCAUCCCCAUUGUCAGCUCCGAGCUGGGCAUUCGGACGGGCAGUGUCCAGUAUAAGAUAUGCGUGUGCAUGCCACAGGGAACUCUUUUUCGUAUAGCCAUUCCACGUAUCCACAAUGGACCGAAGAUCUCGUGUGCCCACUUCAAUAGCCAGGACGAUCCGUGUGAGGUCAAUUAAUUAUGUAGUUGCAUUUAUUCGAAGCUUAUAUGUAAUCCCAGUAAUACAGAUAAAUACAUAAAUCAUAUAUCCUUAAACAAAAGUUUAC